ACAGCUAGGUAUGCUUGAAAUCCUGAUAGUAGCAUAAGUCUUUUUUUAUUACAUUUUUUUUAUAUUGUCUCUAGUGAUGUGUACUGAUACACUAUUAUAUGUUGUAAGAUAUGCCCCCCCCCCCCCUUUUUUUUUCAAAAAUGAUUUUUGGGCAGAUUGCAUUUGACAGAAAUUACCUGUAUUAAAAACUGUUUCUUCUCAUUGUUAGGUAAUUUAAGGAAUGAAUUCUAUAAAAAUAUUUUUGCUGGUAUUAUAAAUAUUUUUAAGUUACUGUUAUUGUCCAAUAUUUUAUCAACACUUGCUAUUUUGUUUUAACAACUUGAAUACUUUUUUAAAAUUUGUUUUUGUACUGACAAAGAAGUUUGAUAUGUGUUUAUAAUGGCACCUGUCCACUUCCAGGGGACAGAGACUCCACAUUUUUGUAGCAGGUCUAAGGGAAGUAAACAUUUAAAUUAAUUAAAACAUUCAUAAAGAUACCUUCAUGAAGUAUAUAUGAUGGGGAUGCAACAUAUUUGGGUGGUGGAUCUAUCAGGAGUGGAAUAUGUUAACACCAAUGACAAAUGUUUCACACACACUUUUUGUUUUACAUUUGAAUCCCCGAACCUUCCAUCAUGUUUUGUGUUAUUUGCUGCCUCUGUGGUUAGGGAGCUGUUUCUGCAUCACUUCACUGACAUUAAUUCAGGUACUGUUUUCAAGUCUAGUCCAGGUAUUUUCCACAUUUUCUGACAUUUAUACUCAGCUAAUGGGUAGAGAUAUUACAGUGUCUUUCAUUUACAUCUUUUCUUGCAUAAUUUUAUUGCUCUUAUUAAUAUGGGUUCCUUUUUUUCAUAAUAUGCCUAAUGGUUUGUGUAUAUGUUGCACAGUUUCUCCCAACGUUUACUUCUAUUCAACCAUGUGUUCUUUCAUUUAGAGAGGACAAUUAUAAAUGUGCAGAAGUGGCAUUAUAUAUAUAUGUGUAUAUUAUGGUCAUUUAUAAAUGUAUUGUGGUGUGGCAAAAAUUAGUUUAAGAACAAUGAUAUAAUCUAGAUUGAAGCAAAAUUGUAUAUAUACGGUCGGCAAAAAAUGUGUAAAACACUGGUUGUACAGUGUUGGAUGUGAUAGACCUGUAGGCUUAUAAAGAUCUGUGUAAAAACAUGUACUGUACAUGGAUGCAUAAUUCUUAUUCAUCACUUGGAAAUAUGUACAUGUUCUAAUGUACCUUAUAAAGAUACAACUUCCAUUAUACAUGUAAUAGCAGACCAGGGUACAUUUGUUAGUGUUUACAUGAAAAGUAUUUUGCAAUUUUUGAAUUCGUGCAAAAAAUUUAUUGAAUUACCAGCUAAAAGCAAUAUUUCUGUUCUUGAGCCCAAGAUUUAAGUCGUAUACUCAUGGUAAUGCUCAUCAGUGCCUGUAGAAUUAUGUGUGUGUAAUUGUUAGUAGUCAUUCACAAGAAAGGAAUUAUCAGGUAUACAAAUUUAAUCAAAAGGGAAUUUAUAACAUUGUCUUACUAGUGUAAAAACUCUCUUCAUGCACGCAUACAUAUUUAUCAGUUAUUAUAUAUGAAUUUGACAAAGAAUGAGUUUUAAUUUUAUCAUAAACAUGUAUAAGAGUAGAUGUGUAUUGUAGUGAUGCAUAAGAUAAGUCAUUUUGAAGAGUUGAUAUUAUUAUAGAUUCUCACUUUACAGGUUCUUUUACAGGCACCUGUUGUAUAGUUAGAUUCUCACUUUACAUGUAUCCCAGAUACAGGUCUAUUACAGGCACCUGUUGUUAGGUUAGAGUCUCACUUUACAUGUAUACCAGAUACAGGUCUAUUACAGGCACCUGUUGUAUGGUUAGAUUUUGACAAUCUAACAGAAUGUUUAACACCAAUUUUCAUGAUGACUGUUUCAGAGGAUGAAAAGCUAAUCUUGACUAAGGAGGGUGUUUUCUGUUUAUCUCCGAAUCUCGUAGUGGAAUGGUAGAUCCAUAUGUUAUGUUUACUUUUUACAUGUUAUAAGAGUCUUUUUUUAAUUCCCUAUUAGUAGUGUGUAGAGUAUAUUAACCCAGUUCUUGCACCAUUUGUUAAAUCCUGUUCAAACAGUUUGAUGUCUAUGCUGUUUCUCCCCCAGUGCAUCAUCAAGUGUUGGUGUGCAGCCCUGGGCUACGCUCUCAAAUGAAGAGCUGUUUUUUUAUUCACUACAUAGUUUUAGAAAAGCUUGUCUUUUCACAGUUGCACUGGCAAAUUCCAUAUUUCCUUGUUGUUCCGGAGAAAAGUGUGGAUUUGGGGUUGUAAGCCACAUUUUAUAAGGCAAAAUCUGUGAUCGUUUGAUUCCAAUUUAGUGUUUUUGUACAUAACUUGUUGAAAUACAUGAGGAAUGCAUAUCCAACUGAUAAAUGUUGUUUGUUUUCAUUCACAGUGAAGAAUGGUCAUAAAUAAAAGGGAUUUUUGAGUUAC